AUGGAUAGAAAUCAACAAAGUGCCAAUAUUCAGACUCCACCGAGGUUUCGUUCUUCUAAGAAAUUACAUACGCCGCCAAGUGCAGGAUCAACGACACCCAGGCAUACUCCGGGGAAAUUUCUGAGAGCCAUCUCAGGGAAGGUCUUUCGAAAGUCCAUAGAUGGGAAACAAGUCGAAGAAUCAGGUGCGUUAGGGCAAUUUGUACCAAACGAAUCAAAGCCUAUUAUGGGUAAGAGAUCGAAGAUUCCAAAACCAUUGGUAUUGGGAUCUCCUAUGUCAAUGCCACCUAGUGCUAAGAAAUUUUCCCAUAUAUCACUAAAGUCAGAGAAUGAUGUGGUGAUGCAACAAUUACAAUCGCCCAUUGGAUUUUCACCAAGAAUUCCACCUUCAAUGAAAUCGGCAAAAUCCAACCGUAGAAAUCUAACAAAUACAUUAUUGAUUGAAUCAUUAUCUGAGCUUUCUGAAUUACCUCAGAACAAAGAAGAUAAAGUUGUAAUAUGGGCAGACGACGAUGAUGACGACGAUGGACAAGAUAUUAUGUCACCGUUGUAUUACAAAAAGAACAAUCCGCGAAAGAGAGUUACUAGUGCAAUGGGUUUAAAAAAAUAUGUUGAAGAAAAAUGUGUCAUUUGUGAAGAGAAAGUAAGUAAUAGUUUUCAAGGUGAAAAGAUAAUCGAACUUGAUUGUGGACAUGCAAGUCAUUAUAAAUGUUACUAUAUGGCUAUGGAAAUGCUAUAUGGGACAGAAAAACUACCAGAAUGUGAUGUUUGUUUGGAAGACGCCAGGCCAACUGAUAAAGAGACUCUUAUCGAUAUUGAAUCUAAAAUUUUAAGGAGGACGCAAGAAGAAAAAGAAGACGAUGUGGAACUAGAAUCUGAAGAUAAAUGUGAUGGUACAACUAUUGCGCAAUGGCUCCCAUUACACUCCGCCAGAGGACAUAUGCAUAGUGACCGAUUAUCAUUAGUCACUCCAUUGGAACAAAUAGUAGUUUCCGAACAAGUUGGUUCUGAUGGAUUUAGGACGCCGAUAGUAAAAACCGAAGCACAAGAGUUGUCCCUUAUGUCAGGAAAUGUCUUUAUCGACGAGUUUGAUAAUGAUCAAAUCUACCAAGAGAUUCUAAAAUUAACAGAAGAAUUAGACAGUGGAACAUACGACGGGAGCAGUGCAUUUGAUGUCAAUAUAGGAAACCCUAUUGUUACCCUAGAGAAUAUAACUACUAGUGACGUCAAUUAUAAAUCACCACAACAGAUUAUGAAAGUCGAAAUCGAAAUUCCAAUGAAUGAUUCUGAGACCACACCAUUGAGAACUAAGAAUCCUGACAUUCUAUCAAACAAUAAGUUGAAAGAUGAUAAUAUCAGAGCUUCUCUAACUGAACAUAUUUGUUCUCAAUAUUCAGGUCUUCAAAAUUUUAACGUGGAACACCCAGAGUCCCAUCUAUUGAUGUUUGAUGAGGUAAUAUAUUCAUCAGAAGGGGAGCAUUGGUUUCAAAACACGGUAUUGUAUUAUUUCGAUGACCUUUUAAUUCUGAUGAACGUAUCCAAAGAUAGUAUAAGUGGUAAGAUUCCAACAGAUCAAAUAUCCUCAAUAACAAAGCUGAAUGAGAAGCAUGGUUUACUGAUUUGCCUGAAAAGUACAACUUUACCUGAAAUAUAUUUACAAUUUAGCAAUAAUAUGCUAUUGAACAAAUGGGAAUACUAUUUAUCACAUUUAGAUGAGAAACCACCAUUACAUCAUGAUUGUAUCAGUAACACAAUGUUCAAUACGUUACCUAAGACUUUAACGAAACAAAUAACAGAACUAGAUCUGGGUUCUAUUUUUGCAUUACCCUGGGAAAAGACAACUAAUGAAACACCCUGCCGUGUUAUCCUUUGCCUAGGUUUAUCGCCACCAUCCGAGGGUCAAGCGGAAGAUGGGAGUUAUUUGAAACAACUUUGUAAUAUAAUCAAUACAUUACGUCAAUCUCUUAAUCAAAAUGACCUACUUGGAAUAGUUUUUGCUGGUAAAGAUGGUACUGGUGCCGUGGAUUCAAUGUUCGGCACUUUUGUUGGUACCAUGUCCGUGAGUUGGUCAGGUUGGGAUGAUGUAAUAGGGGAUCUAUCUACUGUACCUCCAGGUGUAUUUCUAACUCCAGAGAGAGAACAAAUUGCGAUGCUUACUACUUGUUGCCGUUUGGCUAGUACUGUUGUUGAAAGUAACCCUGAGAGGCCAGCCUAUUAUAAUCGUGUAAUACUAGUACAAGAUAUACCGACACUGGAAGACGCAGGUUCUGCGAGAAUAGCAGAGAAAUAUAAGGUCCGCUUAGAGACCACUUAUAAUUUUGAAGUAUCGACAGUUCCGUGGUUAGAAGAAGAUACUUCUGAACUUCUGGAACAACAGGUCCAAGAUUGUCACUUGAAAAAUAUGCACAACCUAAUAGUAAAACUUGGUUCCACGACGACCAUUUUAGAAUUGAACUACGGGAGUAUGGGAUCUGGUUCAACAAAGAUCAUGGACCACACAUACGAUGGUACGCUUACACAGGAUACAUUACGUUCCCGCGUGUGCGACGUGACCUGGUACGACAUUAGACUCCGGGAACUAGUGUCCAGAAGCGUUCCGGUUAACCAUAAAUAA